GGACUUUAUGGACUUUGUGGCCUGUGACAAGAAACAAACUUCAAUGCUGUUUUACCCGUCAGUUAUAAUCGCUACUAUUGCAACUGGUGGUAUUUUCACGGCGAUUCCAGCAGUGAACAAUGAUGAAAUUGCAAAGCAAUCUUUCGGAGAUGGAUGUGCUUUUGUUCUGGAACUCCAAGACUUGUGCCGAUAAUUCACAAUCGUUGAUUUGUUACUUACAAAUGAUGAUAAUGACAACCUCCUCUGUGAGUGUAUUCUUAUUUCUCAAGGCGACUAAUGUGAGAGUAGCUGUUCUUUCUGCUUUUUUCUUUUCCUUCAACAGUCUGAUUUUAUUAUUCGUCUAUGUGAAUGGACAGCGAAUCUUCAACCAGAAUGAUAAACUGCGAGAAUCACUGCUGGAAAUUCCUUGGGUAGACAAGCCCCGAUGGUUGAGACAAACGAUGCAUAUUAUGCUGACUCAGACUAAUCGAGAUAUUCAAAUCAAACCUUACGGCAUUUUUACCCUCAACUACAUGUCCUACAAAGAUUUGAUGAAAUUCACUUUCUCGAUUGGAAACGUGUUAUAUAGAAGGGAACAGCUAGUGAACCAAUCUCAAUAACAGCAAAUAUUAAGUGGAUGGAAACAUGAGAUUCGUAAUUAUAUCAAGCUGGAAAUUGGACUUUAUAACUUGAGCAUGAUAGAGAUUUGUUCAUUCAUGUUCGUUUGUUCACAUAACAUCCCUGUACUGAGAACUUGAUUGGCUGAGAAUUGGAACAGAGACGAUUAUAUUUUAUACUAUGCCAAACCUACGAACUGAUUGUGGAAAUUACUGGUCUGGAAUAUUUGAGUGGAAGACUUGU